AUCGGGCGGAAGCGGAUCGUCGGUCUCACGCUUCCCUGUUCCAAAUCUUCCGGUCGCGUGCGGCUUUACAGCACACCCCAGAAUCACCAUGGCGUCUUUAUCAAUGGCCCCAGUGAACAUCUUCAGACAUGGAGCUGAUGAAGAAAAAGCUGAGACUGCUCGACUGUCUUCUUUCAUUGGUGCGAUCGCUAUUGGAGAUCUGGUGAAGAGCACGCUGGGUCCUAAAGGAAUGGACAAGAUCCUAUUGGGCGGCGGUAAGGAAGGUAACGUCACGGUGACGAAUGACGGAGCGACCAUCCUGAAAGCCAUCGGUGUGGAUAACCCUGCCGCUAAAGUGCUCGUGGACAUGUCUAAAGUUCAGGACGAUGAAGUCGGUGAUGGUACGACAUCAGUUACUGUGCUGGCCGCUGAGCUGUUGCGGGAAGCCGAGCUUCUGAUCGCCAAGAAGAUUCAUCCUCAGAUCAUCAUCUCUGGAUGGAGAAAGGCGACUCAAGCCGCCCGUGAUGCCCUCAGAGAGGCAGCAGUGGAUCAUGGGAAUGAUGAAGCUAAAUUCCAGGAGGAUCUGUUGAACAUCGCCCGUACGACUCUUUCAUCAAAGCUGCUCACCCAUCAUAAGAAUCACUUCUCUAAACUGGCCGUUGAAGCUGUGCUCAGACUGAAGGGAUCAGGAAAUCUGGAGGCCAUUCACGUCAUCAAGAAACUCGGAGGCAGUUUGACCGACUCCUACCUUGAUGAAGGGUUUCUAUUGGACAAAAAGAUCGGUGUCAAUCAACCCAAGAGGAUCGAGAACGCCAAUAUUCUCAUCGCUAACACUGGGAUGGACACAGAUAAGAUCAAGAUCUUCGGCUCCAGGGUUCGUGUGGACUCCACGGCUAAAGUGGCUGAGAUCGAGAUGGCCGAGAAGGAGAAGAUGAAGGAGAAGGUGGAGCGGAUCCUCAAACACGGCAUCAACUGCUUCAUCAACAGGCAGUUGAUCUAUAACUAUCCUGAGCAGCUGUUUGGUGCGGCUGGUGUGAUGGCUAUCGAACACGCUGACUUUGUAGGAGUUGAGCGUCUGGCUCUGGUCACAGGAGGUGAAAUCACCUCCACCUUUGAUCAUCCGGAGCUGGUGAAGAUCGGUCACUGUAAGCUCAUAGAGGAGGUGAUGAUCGGUGAAGAUCUCCUCAUCCAUUUCUCUGGAGUCACCAUGGGUGAAGCGUGUACUAUUGUCCUGCGUGGAGCGACUCAGCAGAUCCUGGACGAGGCGGAGCGUUCCCUUCAUGAUGCUCUCUGUGUGCUCGCUCAGACCGUUAAAGAGACGCGCACCGUCUAUGGUGGAGGAUGCUCUGAGAUGUUGAUGGCUAAAGUGGUGUCAGAUUUGGCUAACAGGACGGCUGGUAAAGAGGCGGUUGCCAUGGAGUCGUUUGCUAAAGCUCUGAGGAUGCUGCCCACCAUCAUUGCAGAUAACGCCGGAUAUGACAGCGCAGAGCUGGUGUCUCAACUGAGAGCGGCUCACCAGGAGAACAAGAACACGUUUGGACUGGAUAUGAUGCAGGGCACAAUCGGUGAUAUGGCGUCUCUGGGCAUCACAGAAAGCUUUCAGGUGAAGAGACAGGUGUUGCUGAGCGCGGCAGAAGCAGCUGAGAUGAUCCUGCGUGUGGACAACAUCAUUAAAGCUGCUCCCAGGAAACGUGUACCUGAUCAUCAUCCCUGCUAAACACAGAUUGAUCUCGUGUAUUUAUUAACAGGAAGGAAGUUUGGCCUCUGUUAGCGCUUCAGUUUGUAGUUUUUGUGUAGUCGCACUUGACAAGUGUUGAAUGUGUCUCGCUGUCUCGCUACAUGAUUCAGCAGAAUGACGGCUUGCUCUUUUGUUUACUGAAUAAAACAUUACAGACAUUAAACAACUCAA